CUCCUCCUCUUCUUUUUCCUCCUCCUCCUCUUCCUCCUCCUCCUCUUCUUUUUCCUCCUCCUCCUCUUCCUCCUCCUCCUCCUCGCCCUCCGACCGCAAAGAGCAUCACAAUUCAAAAGUCUGAAUCAAACAGAAAAGUCCGAGCCACCAAUCACGUCUAUAAAAAAAAGUGAUUCUAAAAAAAGAAAGAAAAUAUGGAACAUUUCAGAUUUUAAUAUUGUGAUUUAUUGCAAAUGUUUUUGUGUUGUGAUAAAAGUUAAAUAAAAUACUGUAAUUAUACGGUUAAAUAGUAAAGUUACAAUAAAGUUAGAUAAAGUUGUUUUUAUAAAAUAAAAUAUGGUAUUGUUAUAAUAAAGUUCAAUAAAAUGUUAUUAUAGUAAAGUUAACAUCGUUCUGUUAUAAUAAAGUCGAAUGAAGUUAGAUAAAGUUGUUUUUAUUAUCAAGGUUCAUGGUGACGAACUGUCAAAAGUGUUGUUUCAAUCUCCUGCUUGAUUCUGCUUUCAAUACUUUUGUUUGAUUUUACUGUAAAACAGAUCUAAUUAUGUGCGCGCGUGUGUCGGUGUGUGUUGGCGUGUGCGCUCGUGUGUGUGUGUGUGUGUGUAUGUGCGCGCGUGUGUGUGUCCAUCUUUGGGCCAUGGUGGCGUGUUACCCGGGAAACGGCGCAGGUUACGUUAAACACGUUGACAACCCGAACCGUGAGGGACGCUGCUUCACCUGGAGCGCCAAGGAGUACUGCGGCGUCCUCAGGAUCUUUCCUGAAGGGAAGUCCAAUGUCGCCGACUUCAAACCGCUUUUAGACCGGCUGCUCUUCUUCUGGUCCGACCGCAGGAACCCACACGAGGUGCAGCCCUCCUACGCCACCAGUAAUGUGUUUCAGGUUUGGUGCCUCGAUUCUGAGGAAAGAACCGAGGCCAAGAGACGCUUCCAAUACCUGACGGGUACGAACACCUGACAACACCUAGUUUGUUUGAAUUCAUGUAGUUUAUCAACACUCACUGUAGACGAUUAAAAAAACAACCUCUCUCUGCAUCAUCAACAAACCAUUACAUCACACGGUCUAUUAAUAAUUAAUAAUCAAUGAAGUUGAAUCAGGAAGACGGAGACCGUGGACAUCUGAAGCAGAACUCUUUAGAUUUUCUGGUUGGUUACACAGAUUCAACAGGUGGUCAGUGCAUCGUGUCCGGUCUCACUCAGAAUAAUGUCGUCAUCUCACAGACAGAAUGUCUGUCUCCAUAGAAACGCUCUUUCUCUGUCUCAGUAGAUUUAGGACAAAGGACCGACCUUUAACCACACUCAACACUCUGAGAGGCAGGACAGACGUUUCCCCGACAUUUACACUAUGGAGGCCCUGAAGGGUCAGAGUGGGAAGGUCGAGUCUUUACUCGUGAUCCACCGACACCAACACUCUUCACAAUCUUUUCAUCUUAACUUUUAAAACAACUCAAGCAUAAACAAUCCUUCAUUUGUUGCACAUUUGGCCGGGGUUGAUCCACAGUUAAUUUGUUCAGAAGAAGAAACUGAUUCUGUUCUGAAUUCCCGUUUGUAGCUCGGUGUCCUCGUGUGUUUCAGCGUCGCCGGGCAGCAGCUCCUGCCGAUCCUGAAGAAAACGCUGUCACCUGGUGUUUGUGACACUGAACUGCAGGAGAGGACCACAGGAUUCUUUGUGGCUCAAACCUUCUGGAGAAGAUGAAAAACUCCGGCUGCAGUAGACGACCUGCCUGCACUGACCGGAUCAGUGACGAGUUCAGGGACCAGCAGCUGCUCUACCUGACGUUUUUUUCAAAACUCUGCUCUGAGGAGAAAAACGAGACGCUGAGCAGCGACGUCGAGCGCUCGUCCACGUUGACGGACGGAAAGAAAUGAGAGACACGAGGCCUGAAACACGAUUUAAUCACAAGAUGAAGACGAACACAGGAUCACGUGUUUUACGUCUGAACAUCCACGGAUGUGAGCUGGAACUCACCAAAAUAAAGUUUAUA